AGCUAUUAAAAAUCAUUGCCACUACCUGAAACAGAGCCAAAAAAAGAAAAAAACACAAAAAMGAAACGGGAAAAACAACAGCAACAAUAAAGAGGCAGUCACAACCACGCGCUGCUCGUAUCGUAAUCGUUCGCUCCUCAGCUCAAGUGUUUCGGUUAUAGCCGCUGCUCCAUACGAUUUCGGGCCAGUUUGUUGGCGGAUUGUGCGAGAAGAGCAUCUCUUCAGGUCGAGUAUGACUUAUCAGCUGAUUAUCGUGGCAUGUACUUUGCUGUUGACCCACACUUAUGCCAAUCCCAUUACUCCGAAGGCCAGUGUAGCCACAGAGCUCAUUAUCUUGCACAAUAAUGAUAUGCACGCAAGAUUUGAGCAGACAAACAAGAAUGGAGGCACUUGCUCCAAGGAGGAUGCCAAUACGGACAGGUGCUACGGCGGAUUUGCACGUGUUGCCACCGAAGUUCGCAAAUACCGUGAGGAGGCCAAGAAGGGAGGCACACCUGUACUGUAUUUAAAUGCAGGUGACACCUACACCGGCACAGCUUGGUUCUCAGUCUUUAAAGACAACAUCACUAGCGCCUUUCUCAACAUGCUACAGCCUGAUGCUAUUUCGCUAGGUAAUCACGAGUUUGAUAAGAAUGUGGAAGGCCUAAUACCAUUCCUUAACGCUGUGGAAUUCCCGGUGUUGGCUUGCAAUUUGGACUUGUCGAAGGAACCAGAUUUGGCUGCCGCUAAGAGUCUGGCUAAUUCCACGAUACUGGAGAGCAACGGAGUUCAGAUUGGUGUAAUUGGUUAUCUGACACCAGAUACCAAGGAUCUUUCYUUCCAAAACAACGUGGAAUUUGCAGAGGAAAUUGUAUCAAUCAAUGCUGAAGCAGAGAAGUUAAAGGCUCAGGGCAUUAAAAUUAUCAUUGCUUUGGGUCACUCAGGAUACCAAAAGGAUCAGGAUAUUGCCAGAGAGUGUCCCGAUGUYGAUAUAGUCAUUGGUGGUCAUUCGCAUACCUAUUUAGAUGCCAAUCAACCUGUUGCAGACAAGAACGAUGCCAAUCCAGAAGCAGUGCGAGGGCCCUAUCCCACCACAGUGGUUCAGAAGAGUGGUAAAAAGGUGCCUGUGGUUCAGGCCUAUGCUUACACAAAAUACUUGGGAAAGAUUCAUGUGCAGUUCGAUGUCGAGGGAAAUUUAAUUGAAUUCGAUGGAGCGCCAAUUCUGUUGAAUGCAUCGAUUUCUCAGGAUCAAGAGCUGUUAGAUUUGCUCGAAGUCUAUCGGCCAAAUAUCACA